GGAGGUGGUGGAACAGCUGCUGGCGCAGGCGCACCGCCUAAUGCUGUGUCCCUUCCGAUAUUUGGGAGUCACGUGACGGCAUACCUGACCUCAGCGAGUAUAACGGCCGGACCAACAGGCUCGUCGUCCGGGAUUCCCAUGCACUCAGGAGAUGGUCUUAAUGCAGGGGCUCCCUUCACGCUCCAUAUUCCGCCCGGUGCACACCCUUCGUUACCUUUGGGCGGAAACGCUUUGGUUGCCAACCCUUUUGUGCUUGACAGCAAUGCCACUUCAUCAGCGAAUUCCUGGUGGUCAACACCUGCUGUUGGUUUGCCGAGCGGCGCUCCUGCUCCGGCGUCCUCCUCAAUUUCCAACUCGAAUGAAAGUGCUAAAUCAACUAAGGGCAAGGGCAAGUCCUCCGGAGUAUCUGCUUUGGCGAAGGACGCAAGUACGUCGUCGGGGAUGCCGAUGCAGACUGCACAAGUAAAAUGCUUUAUGGUGAAAGGUGGCGCUGCACUGCCAAAGGGCAAGUCGCCGUGGAGCUAUCCCUUCGGGCUACCUGAAGGGGGAGAAUUGGUGGGUACCGAUAUGUUUGGAAGCUACGGCCCGAUCUCACUCAACACCGGCCUCGUCAAAAGCAAAACUGCAUCGGAAGCUGAAGCAUUGAAAGCCGGGAAAAAGGGACCCGCGCCAAGCAAAAGUAAAGCGGCUAGCAAGGCGGCAGCAGCAGGUGGAUCCUUUAGCGAUGUGCCCCCACCUCUAACAUGGGAGGCAGUGUUUUCCAAAGAAAAAGGCGGAAAGCCCUCUAGUGUGCCAAAAUUUCUCGUCAGUAGUUUUCCACCAGUUUCUACUGUAUUUGCAGGACUGCCACCUGGAAGUAGCACAUUGGGUGGAUCGUCGAGUGCCUCAGCAAGCGGUGCGAACUUGCUCGGCAACCCUUUUAUGGCUAGCUUAGUGUCACCGGAGAGUAGUUGGCCUGGCAGCAAGGCUCCGGCGGACACUAGCAGCGCGACUGGCAAAACUUCUUCCAAGGACAAAAAAAAGAACGACAAGAAGGCUGAUGGGAAAAGUAGCAAGAUGGAAGUGAUAAAAAACAAAUCUGUAAGCAAAUUCGAGCUAUUUCUUCAUGCGAAAAAGGAGAAGGACAAGAAGAAAUGCAAACCAAAGUCCUUUACUGAUACGAUAAUGAUGGAAUACGAGAAUGCUACUCUGGCGCAUAACAUUGAGCAAGCGCACAAAGAUCUACAAAAACUGACAUACUACAUAAAGGGCCUGUCCCCUUCUACGACCGCGGCAAUCGAGGCAGCGAAGCAAAAAGUCAAUACAAGCAGCAUAGGCGCGACGAGUAGUAAGAAAGCUGCCGCGACGUCCUCGACAAGCACCGCCAAGUCUGGGGGUAAGAAAUCCACAACAUCCACAUCAGCGGGAACUUCUACAGCGACAUCAUCUUCCUCAACCAGCACAUUUUUAGCGCACCCACUUGCUACACUUGAAGGACUCCAGAAUUUUGUGGAUCAAUUGAGUAUGCCCCUACCAAGUGGUUCUAGCGCAAGUUCCGGUUCGGUGUCCGGCAUUCCUGGCCCAUAUUCUUUCUGGAGUGGUGGACCGAGCAGUCUGGCAGGGCUCACCCCGAAAGCGUCCUCGUUUUGGUGGCAACCGGGAGGCAAAGGCGCAGGGUCAAAGGGUGUAUGAACAGUUGGAGGCAACAUCAGCAUCUUUGAUUUCUACUUAUACUAUCACUUAGAUGUUGGUCAGUAUUUCUUGUCGGUCGUCGCAGGCUCCAUAUAACCAUGGAUUUGCGCUAGUAUAUGUCUGCAGAAGUUACAAUAAAAUCGGCAUGAAAAAUAAUGCUGCUGAUAAUUUGGUAAUCUGACUGUUCUAAAGACAUAUUCAAAGAGAUCAGAUAUUAUAAGAAUUAGUCACAUUGAUUCUUCCCAUCAAAAUUUCCCACUUUCAUAUCAUUUUGGCGGCUGGCAUAGUCACAAGUUCGCCAGCGCUAUGGAAAAAGCGUUUGGAGGCGAGCCAGUUUCGACAAUGACAAAGGCUGAAAGGCAAAAGAAGAUUGACGCUGGUCUGUCUACAGAAAUGCACGAGGCUCUCGCAGAGAAGCUACGAAAAAUACGGAAAUUUCUCGAAAACAAGUCGGAGAAGUUCGGAAGGCAGGUUACUGCUGACGCAGUUGCUGCACAAACAGAGGCAGAGUUCAACGACAUCACUGGCAUCCCAAAAGCCUGGUGCGAAGAGUACGAAGCACUCUACAAGCUAAUCGUCACGCAGCACGCGACAGCAAAGACAAAGCUUGCGUCUAUCGUGCAUCAAAAACUGGUCGCCCCCGCACUUGCCCUUCUCCACGGGAGUCAGAAGGAACUCCAAAAAGUACUGUCGUCGGCGAGCCUUUCUAAUAGUAUGAUAGUCACGUUUCUAAAUUCUGAUUCUCCAUCCGCAAUAAAUUGCAUUAUUUUAUUUAUAUAUAAUACGUUGAACACACUGAAUUCGAAUCAGAAUUAAUAGAAGUUCUGUGUCGGAAAUCCAGCUGUAGGAGCUGUACCGACCAAUUAGUUUCUCGACUCGAACUCGUCGAGUUUCUACCGUGUUACGAUGUAUAUAUUAGGAAGUGGUAUACUUCUACAUAGACAUGAUUGACCUAGUGCUAGUAGUACUAGUAACUCACUUCAUGAGGUCUAUCGUCAAGUUUCAUCUAUACUGUAUUUUCGUCCCAUGAUCCCAGGUGAACAAGGCCCCUGCGAUUCAGAUAUGGAACCAGAAUUGCCAGCUAUUAAAGUUUAGAAAAAAACCGUGGAUCGCAGUCGGAAAGCAUGCUUCUUGUGACAUACGCUUUCAAAAAAACGAGAACGAUUGGACUUCAGACUUCAUGGCGACUCCUGAAAUCGAGUGGUAUUGUUAGUAGACAGCUUAGAGCCUUUAUUUCCUAUGCCUAUGCCUUUCAAGCUGACGGAAAUUCUUUACCUUACUAUUGUGGCCAUCUAAUGCGAUGAAUUUCAUACAUAAUGUUCUAGUAAGACGGGACCUGUAACAAGUUAGCAACAUGUGGUUACGUUGUAUAUGUAAGAAAACAAGUCGCGCGUUGUAUAACAACUAACUGCCUACAACAAACAGUUUCCUGCUUUGGGUUGAUUAUUUGAAGAGCUGGGUCGUUUUCGAUUUGCAUAUUGAAGGGCGAAAGGGGAUCUGGACUACGUCGCGAUCGAACGGAAGUCGGUCCCUUGCGAAUUCAGUUCCUUUUUCUCCCGCGUUGUGCAUGGACGGUUCGCUGGAUCCAUUGGAUCCUCUCGGAGAUUCUGGAUUCGGCUCCUCAUCCUCCGGUAAAAAGGGCCUGAGUGCCAGUAUUAUGGCUCGUCUUUUAGUUUAUUUCGCAAUUUGUAGAUGCCCUACUCCUGUCUAUGUAUAAGCAUGUAGAUGAAGAGUUUGAAUCUCCUGAGCAAAGUAAAGGACUCGGAUUCUCUUUGGUAUAUUAGUGAAAUCAAUGGGAGUCCAAGUCCCCGAGUUUCAUGCAGUAAAAAAGUCUAUAUCGAAGCCGAUGUUGAUGAAGCACUGGCGCUAAUGAUACUGGGUUAAGCAGCAUUUAUUUCUCAGACUCAUCGAGCAGUGCAAAAGCGAAGUUUGCGAAGAUGCUAGCACUAGAAGGUGGCGCGGAUUUUGUUCCUGUCUCAACAUCAAGUACUAGUACCGCGACUGGUGCAACGUCCUCAAGUGGGGCAAGUACUGGAGCUACCUCUUGGGGAGCUUCAACUUCGUUGUUGACAUACAAAGCACCGUCUUCUUCGAACAAUACCGGAGGAGUUGCAGGAGCUCCAUCAACCACGACCACAUCGACAGCGAAUCAACAGCUUUAUAAGGGUGGUGCAACAAAAAAGGCAACUUCUAGCACCUCUUCAACACAUAAAGCUGCAAGCAAUGCUCUGUUGGGCGGUGCAAGUGGUAAAAGCGUCAAAGGAACUACAGCAAGUACGACCAGUAUUUCGUCUUCAAAGGCACCGAACAAUCUUGAGUCUUCGUUAGCUAGUAAACAGAAUCGUGCGACGCGCCGGUUGCUAGAUUUUGCCCAAGAUGAGAUGUUUUCGUUGAAAUUAGGCUCUGUCCACUCCAGCUGGAAUCAGAAAUUUCUGCUCUGUAACAUGCCUCCAGAAGAAGAAGAGAACAAGGAAGUAGUCGCACUUGAGCAGGAUGUUCAGCUUCAGCUUCAGCAAGACGAGGAGGAGACCGAGUUAGAAAAGAAUAAUGAUGUUGCAGCAAGACCUGACUCAUCAGAUAGCUACAAGGAGACGAAAAAAGCCAAGACAGCUGGUGCUUCAAAUAAAACAAAAACAUGUUCUAGUACAGGAGGAGCAGGAAGUGGAAAAACAUCGUCUAGUACAGGUGUCGGUGAUAAAAAUGGGAACGUCAUCAAGACUACUUCUGCUAUAAAUAAAACGUUAUCUUCCUCUAGUAGUUGUUUGCUGGAAAUCGAUGAUGAAAAUUUGUGCCAGACUUGUAUGUGUGCGCCAGUGGAGGUCGUAACCUAUCCUUGCCAACACAAAACGUUGUGCAUCGAGUGUUUCCAAAUCAUUGCGACCACGAGCUCUGCGUCGCAAAUACUGCCGAAAAUGAGCGCACAAUGUCCUCUUUGCCGCGCGAACGUCUCACGUAGUGAACCUCUCGUGUGGAAAGAGGCGUUUGAAAAAAAGACUGGAAGCCUCGAUCCUUGAAAAAAAGGCGUACAACUCCUGGUAAGCUCUGCUCCUUGCGGGUGACGCUAUCGAGAGCGCAUCGGCGGAAUGUAAUAUGAGGCGAAGCUACAGUGCUGGUUUAGCGAUCAUCUGCAUCCUCACACUCUCUUUGCAGAAUUCUGCGACAUGAAGUGUGAUUGAAUACGAAAAAGAUUUUUUUGGUGGAGUUGAACUAGGAUUUCAAAAUUGAGAAUGUUACUCGAUCCCCAUCAUUCUAGUUUUUUCUCUUUACAUAAAUGCUUGUUGUACAAUGAAGAAGUCCUCAGCUUCUCGUGAUUACGAAGGAACGUCACUGUUACAACUAAGUACAUGAUACUAGGUUUUUUCAUUUCGCUCUGCGAUAAUGCCUCCAUCUCAUAUCCUCACAGCACAUCUCAAUCUCAUAAUUUAAUACAGGUAUCCCCUACCUAGGGCGGAAUUUUUUCUGCUUUGAUCAUUUUUGCUUGAUAUAGUUCGUUCAUCUAUAUUUGGGAAGCGCAGGCGCAAGCCGUGUGUUUGUUUUAU